ACUGCCUUUAUUCCUCCAGAAGAUGAUAACAAUUCUUUAGAUAAAGCAGAAAAAUUCGAAAUAGUCCCAGCUACUACUAAGAAAAGUAGGAAGCAAAGAAAGACCAAAAAGGGUAAAUCUACCUGUACUACUAUUACCAAAGAAACUACACCUAUUCAUUUAUCCAUACAUUCACCUACACAUUCUCCUGCAUAUUCAUAUAUAUCUAAUAUACAACAGAAAGAUUCACAACAAUCCGCACCUACUUAUGAUAAUCUGAAUAUUCCCUCCUUAUCACAAAUCAUCCCGCAACAAAAUCCUUCUUCUGAAGAUGCUGGCCAUCACGAUGAAUCAUAA